UUCAGAGAUGAAAGAAAUAAAAUUAAUAUAAAAAAGAGCUGUCUCGUGAAGCAGGAGACAGUUGAUUAAUGGAAAAAAAAAAAUAACAAAGUUCAUUCUUUUUCUUCCUUCUCUCUUUGCCCAUCUCUGUAAAUCACGAGAUCCCCAUCUCUUUCUUUCUCAUAAAUGGUGUUCUUGUAGCUUCACCGGCCGCCAUUGUUGAGAAUAAUAGGCGGUGUAAGUAACAACUUAAAACCCUAAUUUAUAUUGAAUCCAUUCUUCAUUUCUUCGAUUAAAACGAAAACCCAAAUGUCACAUUCAAGGAAAUCAUCUAAAGUUCUAUGGUUAGACGAAAUCGCCGACAAAGAUGAUAACAAACCGGACUUCCGGGAACUGGAUCUUGGUUCACCGUUGUCGCCUCUACUCAACCGUCAGACCGCAAGCAGCAGUUCGAGCUCUUCCGGUUCGAUUUCAGAUCCAAAUGUACUUUCUCAAACACCAAACAGAUCCCACUCCGGCGAGAUCUCCGGCUCCGUUGACAGUUCCCCAAUAUCUCGCCGACCCAGAAUUAUAAACUCCGGCGCCACUUCCCCUGCAGUCAAUGUCCUUCCGACCGGUAAUAUUUGCCCGUCUGGAAGGGUAUUGAAGACGGGUAUGAUGAGUCAAACUUCAAAGACUGAUGUAUUGGGAACUGGAACAGGUCUUUAUGGCCAUGGAAGUAUAAUAAGAGGUGGGUCCGCCGUGAAAAUGGGUGCCGGAGAAAACCCACAUGUUGGAAACAGUCCUCACGGCGGCGAUACUGCAAAAUCAUCUGAAGCAGAAGAACUUAAAAGAGAAGGAAAUGUACAUUACAGAAAUGGUCAUUUAACAGAGGCAUUGAAUUUAUACGAUAAAGCGAUUUCAUUAUCGCCUAGAAAUCCAACUUACAGAUAUAACAAGGCGAUUGUCUUGACGAGUCUGAAUCGGCUAAACGAGGCGGCGAUUGAGCUUGAAGACGCCAUUAAAUUUGAUCCUGGUUAUUCUAAAGCUCAAUAUCGAUUAGGAUCUAUUCUUCUCCGAUUAGGGUAUGUUGAAAGUGCAAGAAAACACAUUUCUUCACCAGAAAUGAUGCAGAAAUUGCAGACAUUGGAAAUGCAUUUGAACAAAUGCAGCGAUGCUCGUAAAGUUGGGGAUUGGAAAUCUGCUUUGAAGGAAUGCGAUGCUGCAGUCGCAGCCGGGGCUGAUGCUUGUGCUCAGAUACGAGCAUUGAAAGCAGAAUCCUUUCUAAAGCUUCAACAACUAGACUAUGCUAGCGCUUGGUUACCUGAAAUCGUCAAUUUCAAUAGCUCUAAAACGCCCUCCAAAUUUUUCGGAAUGAUCGCAGAAGCUUAUUUCUAUUUCGUCCGAGCUGAGAUUGAAAUGGCUUUUGGAAGGUUUGAGAAUGCUAUAGUGGCAGUUGAGAAGGCGGGAAAAAUUGAUUUAAGAAACGUGGAGAUUUCGGUUCUUCUAACGAAUAUAAGAUUAGUAUCGGGGGCUCGAACACGAGGAAAUAAUCUAUUCAAAUCGGAAAGGUUUACAGAGGCUUGUGGUGCUUAUGGAGAAGGGCUUAAGCACGAUCCUUCCAAUUCAGUUCUUUAUUGUAACCGGGCAGCUUGUUGGUUUAAGCUCGGGUUGUGGCAAAGAUCGAUUGAGGAUUGCGAUCGAGCCCUUUCGAUUCAACCUAGUUACACUAAAGCCCUUCUUAGAAGAGCUGCUUCAUACUUCAAGGUAGAACAAUGGGAGGAAGCUGUCAAAGAUUAUGAAAUAUUGCAUGCGGAAUUCCCUCAGGACUGCGAAGUAUCGGAGUCGUUAUUACGUGCUCAAGUCGCGCUAAAGAAGUCCCGAGGAGAGGAUGAUCGGGUCAGAGAUGUUGAAGUCUCAUCUGGUCUCGACCAGUUUAGGGCUGCUAUUUCUUCACCUGGUGUUUCAAUAGUUCAUUUCAAGACGGAAUCAAAUCAGAACUGUCGGAAAAUUUCUCCAUUGUUCGAAACUCUUUCCGGGCAAUACCCAUUGGUAAAUUUUCUAAAGGUGGAUAUCGAAGAAACGAGGUCAAUCGCGAUCGCGGAGAAUGUGAGGAUAGUGCCGACAAUCAAGAUUUAUCGAAAUGGAUGCCGAAUUAAAGAAAUGAUAUGCCCCACUCCCGAGUUUUUGGAGUCGUCGGUUAAGCAUUAUAGUCGUUAAGAAUUGCUUGCAAUUGAAAGAAUAAAAUUCAUUAUUUUGAGGUUUUCCAUUUAUUCAUUCAUUCCUAAAUUGUCUUUUUCUUUUUCAACAUUUCAUUCUUCCUCCAUUUCAUUGUUUUAAGUUUUUCUUUUAUGGUAAUGAAGCAUUAGAUGAUCUUGUACAUAUAAUAUGGGAUUAUCAUCACGAUGUUCAUUAUAUAGAAAUUAGAAGACAUUGAGGAG